UCCGACUCCACCGCGGUGAAAAGUUUUAGCUUUUACACACGUCGGGCAACGAUACGCGUUUUGUGUGGGGUUUUCACCCUCACGCAUUCACUUGUUACGGACACAUUUUCCAAGACAGCGGUGAAAGAAGUUUGUCGCUGACGGGUCCGAAGACGUAAAAUUCAUGUUUAUCGAUAGUGAGACUUGUUGCAUGUGGUGACAGCGGUGGUAGACGCACGAUCCAUGCGGGAGGGACUGGGCCGACCUUAAUGCCUGUUGCUUCUCCUGUGUAUGUGUGAGACACUCACUAGUCACUGCCUGAAGCAGUAAUCGGACAACUCUCUUUCUCACCAGGACUGGGUCUCCUGAGAUACCGCGCGGGGCUCCAUGGGUUCCAACACCUAAAAUGAAAAAGAAAAAGUAGUCUUGUAGUGUACAUUCACUGUGCUACAGAUUCUACCAACGCCUGAAGAACUGUUUUCAGAAAGUUUGCUGUCCGUUGCUGCUGGACUGAACGAUCUGUUUGUAGAAGAUUUUUUUAAAAAGAAGACGUAAGAAGGGAUAAACACACAGGGAUUCAACCAUAAUUGUAUUCCUGUCAUUUUCAAAACGCCUGCCCUGUUCGGUGUUUGGAAAGGUCUAUGGAAAUGCAGGAUCUAGCCAGUCCUCACAGCCGAGUAAGUGGAAGCAGUGAAUCUCCUAAUGGUCCCAACCUCGACAACUCGCACAUCAAUAACAAUUCCAUGACACCCAAUGGCACUGAAGGUGAUAACAUCACAAUGCUUACCACUGCAGACUGGUUGUUAGGUUCUAACUCACAGUCCGCUGCAGUUAAAACCGAGCCAAUGAGCAGCAGCGAAAUCGCCUCCUCGGUAGCAGACACCUCUCUAGACAGCUUCUCAGGAUCAGCUAUUGGAACCAGUGGCUUCAGCCCAAGACAAACUCACCAGUUCUCUCCACAGAUUUAUCCUUCCAACAGAACAUAUCCACAUAUUCUUCCUACCCCUUCAUCCCAAAAUAUGGCUGCGUAUGGGCAGACGCAGUACACCACAGGAAUGCAGCAGGCCGCAGCUUAUGCUAGCUACCCCCAGCCUGGCCAGCCGUAUGGCAUCCCAGCUUAUGGUCCAUUGUGGGCAGGCAUAAAGACGGAGGGGGGUCUGAGCCAGUCCCAAUCCCCGGGACAGACGGGCUUCCUAAGCUAUGGUUCUGGCUUCACCACGCCGCAGACAGGACAGGCCCCUUACAGCUACCAGAUGCAGGGUGGUACUUUUACAACAACUUCGGGAUUGUAUGCAGGAAACAACUCCCUGACAAAUUCAACUGGCUUCAACAGCACACAACAGGACUACCCCAGUUAUCCAGCUUUUGGCCAGGGCCAGUAUGCUCAGUAUUACAACAGCUCGCCCUACACUUCACCUUACAUGACAAGUAACAACACCAGCCCUAGCACGCCCUCCACCACCACCACCUACACUCUCCAGGAGCCACCCGCUGGCGUCACCAGCCAGGCUCUCACAGACAACUCUGCAGGAGAGUACAGUACCAUCCACAGUCCAUCAACCCCCAUUAAAGAUUCAGAUUCGGAUCGAUUGCGCCGGGCCUCGGAUGGAAAGUCACGUGGCCGGGGAAGAAGGAACAACAACCCAUCACCGCCGCCCGACUCCGACCUUGAGCGAGUUUUCAUCUGGGACCUGGAUGAAACAAUCAUCGUUUUCCAUUCCUUGCUUACGGGUUCUUAUGCCAACAGAUAUGGACGGGACCCACCGACAUCUGUAUCAUUAGGCCUGAGGAUGGAAGAAAUGAUCUUCAACUUGGCCGACACACACUUAUUCUUUAACGACUUAGAGGAAUGUGACCAGGUGCAUAUUGACGAUGUGUCCUCUGAUGACAAUGGCCAGGAUCUAAGUACAUAUAACUUCAGCGCUGACGGUUUCCACGCAGCAGCGACCAGUGCCAACCUAUGUCUGGCCACAGGCGUGCGAGGAGGCGUGGACUGGAUGAGAAAGCUGGCCUUCCGCUACAGACGAGUAAAAGAAAUCUACACCACCUACAAAAAUAACGUUGGAGGUCUGCUGGGCCCAGCCAAAAGGGAAGCCUGGUUGCAAUUGCGAGCAGAAAUUGAAGCCUUGACGGACUCCUGGUUAACACUGGCACUGAAAGCACUAACAUUAAUCCACUCAAGGUCAAACUGUGUGAAUAUCCUGGUGACCACCACGCAGCUCAUCCCUGCCCUGGCUAAGGUCUUGCUCUAUGGCUUGGGAAUAGUCUUUCCUAUUGAGAAUAUUUAUAGUGCAACCAAAAUAGGGAAGGAGAGCUGCUUUGAGAGAGUAAUUCAGAGGUUUGGGAGGAAAGUUGUUUACAUUGUCGUUGGAGAUGGUGUGGAAGAGGAGCAAGGCUCAAAAAAGCACAACAUGCCCUUCUGGAGGAUCUCCAGCCAUUCAGACCUCAUGGCCCUCCACCACGCUCUAGACCUGGAGUACUUGUAGCACUACCACCACCACCAUGGUACACCCUGCUCUCCACCUCAGCACACCCUGCGACCCUUUCACCUUCGCCCUCCAGCCCCCUCGAGCCCCACGUCCUCGUCCCACGCUUGCCGCAACAGACCCCUGCAGCUCAGAGAAAAAAAAUAAGAAAAAAAAGCCCCCCUGCGCUGCCUGGCGUCUGUCUUCCACUUCACAGGAAGAAGAGAAGAGGAGAGUGGAAACAAAGAAGGCUGAGCACACGGUUAAUGUGCUGACAUACGGUCACACUUCGUCUUAACCCUAAACUUUUUUUUUUUUCUGGAAGCGAAGGAGAGAGGUGAAAUUUACGGCGCUGCAGCUGCUUGCCCUGGUUACUGUGAAUCGGCCGCUUUCUGAAGCUGUCAAAAUGUUUUACGGCCCUCCCCUGUUUGUGCCGGGACUCUUGUCAGGGUUCACACCUGUGAGGAGAGCAGAGCUACUGAUGGCCUCGCCCGCCUCGCCUUGCCUCACCUCACCUCGCCACAGAACUCAGCUAUGGUAAAAAAACCACAGGCCCACAACUACUGGUGGUGACAUUUCUCUGUUCCUCUAUAGCCCCCCCCCACACCUCACCCCCUCUUCUGCUCUUCACCUGUCUUCUUUCUGUUCCUUUUCUGUCUACUCCCCCCCCCCCACCCCCCACCCCUUCAUGGGACAGACAGACAAAGCGACUGCUCCUCUGUUAACCGUCGGCCUGGGAGUCCUGUGCUUCUUAUUUAUGAACGGAGACUUUGUGAGUGGCUGCCGUGCCACUGAGAAGGUACCUCGACGACAAAAGACUCGUGCCUUUUACAAAGUACUAUUGAUUUCCACCGCAGCAAGAGGAAGACGUUUAUGGAAGAAACAAAAAAAUAAUGGGGUUUUCUAAUAAUUUAAGAAAAUAACAAAAAACUUUAUUUACAAUGCUGAGACAAUCGUGUACAGAGGAAAUCUUUUUUGUGUGUGUAAGUUUGUAAUCACUGGACUAUUCCUUCCUAUAUUCAUUUAGGUACGUGCUCUCGAAAGGCGGCAAUGCUUUUUCAUUGAAGUAAAAAAAAAAAAAAGAAAAAGAAAGAAAGGCAUCCCAUCGCAUAUAAGCUUGUGCGACGCCUGAAAGUGUUGAUGUGUUCGAGUUUUGUUCAGUAAACAAAUAUGUAGAUAAUGGGAUUUUGUGAUAAAAUCAAUUGUUUUUUUUUUUUCGUUGUUGUUGUUGUUUUUUUUUUUUUGUUUUUUUUUGUCAAGACCAAAAGCAUGGAUGUCAAGUGUCAAUGACCUUUCAUCUGAGUCUGUGAUGUUUCUCGUCCUUACAGGAAACUCCAUUCACAUCUUUAUAUAGCAUAACAGGUCUCCUCUACUGCAAGUUCUUUUU